GCAAAGAUAACUACAGACAACGUCCCUCUUAUAGACCCUUCUUUUACCUUUACAACGGUCCCCUCUUCCCUCAUCACGUUCCCUCAUCGUCUGUCUGUGCAACACAACUGCUACGCCUUCCCCCUCUGCCUCACUCGUCUUCGACUGCCUCCAUCUGGGUAGCAGACAACACUCUUCCACACCUGGAUCACCAUCCGUCUUCGUCAUCAUGGGUAGCGACGCUUUCGCAAUAGAGAAUCGAAAGGACCUGGUAGUGGUCGUCAAUGUCAUUCUCUCCUUCUCGACGUUAUCAGCACUCGCACUUCGAUUCGCAAAGGUCACUGGAAAUGCUAAACAACGAAAGUUCGAUGCACAGAACAUCAUGAUCUGUCUGGCAGGCUUCUGCGGAGUGAUGAUGUCCUUGUUACAAUGUAUCGCGACGAAGUAUGGCCUUGGCAGCCAUGACUGGGAAGCAAGUUCGACAGAUCAAGUCAAGUUUUACAAGUUGUACAUCUCCAUCUUCUGCUUCUACCUCGCCUGCAACAUGUUCGUCAAGUUUGCGCUCCUCUUCUUCUACCGUCACACAACGUACGAGCGUUGGCACCACUGGGUCAUCUGGUUCAUGGAGUUUGUUGCAUUCGGCUUUGGUGUCAGCAGCAUUCUCGUCAUCAUCUUCCAAUGUGUACCGAUCGCACAUCUCUGGGACAAGAAUACUCCUGGAACUUGCAUCGACAUCAAAGCAUUCUUUUAUUCCAAUUCGAUCAUCAUGAUCGUCAACGACAUCAUUCUCUACGUUCUGCCCAUCAUCUUUACUUGGAAGCUGCAGCUCCGUCUCACUCAACGAAUCGUUCUCAACCUCUUGUUCGCAUUGGGUGCAUUCGUUGUCGCAGCUAGUUUCAUUCGUUUAUACGUUGUCUACCGUUACGACCAAGACGGCGAUCUCUCCUGGAACAUCGCAUCUUGCCUUAUAUGGUCUUCCGUGGAGAACCACCUCGCCGUCUUCAUUGCAUGCUCGCCUUCCAUUAAGGCAGUCGUCAGUGGUGUGCUUUACCCUCUCGUCUCAUCGCAAGUCUCUUCAUUCAAGGACAAAAUCAAGAGGUCGAGAGGCAGUGAAGGUGGCAGCUUGCCAACACACAAGUCACCUUCGCUCACUCUAGCGACCAUCGGCUCACGUCCCAGCCGUUUUGUGCAAAAGGUCAGAGAUCCUUUCGCCACUAGCACCCGUAGGGACAGCUUUAAUACCCUGGACUCAGGUUUCGAGUACGUCAACCGCGGACACCAUGAGAUGGACCCCAUUGAACGAGCAAACUCCGAGGCAACUCUAAGUUCGGCGACCUACCGAAAGGACUCUGAGGCAUCGACUUCCUCCAAAGAGCCUCAAGUGCAAGUCUAUGCCAUCGACGACGCCAUCAGUCCCACUUCUUCUCGUUUCCCACACCCGACGCUGGAUUCGUCGAAGCCCCAAAGCCAUCAAUAAACGACAGGAAUGAAAUGGCGUAAGGGGAGCUUUAAUCAUGGUUCGGUUUAUUUCAAUGCAUUCUUCAUACCCCAAAGGCACAGUAAGGAGCCUGGAGCGCUGGUUUUAAAAAUAAUCAUACCCAAUGGUGAUUGUCAUCGACGUCUAGGGACGACAUAUUCGUUUUUGCUUUCUUUUCUCUUUUCUAUGUACCAUUUAUUCAGACCCCUCAAGAAGGGAAGACCAAUGUCACGACACAAACCACAAGUGCAGUCCGCGAUUCGGCUGACACUAAAUUCAACACUUCAUCC